AUGCACUCUCUGAAUUAUUUCAUUAUUUUUAUUCACUCUCCUUCCUUCUCUCUCUACCACUCUCUCUACUUUUACUUGUCUCUCUACCUAUCUCUCACCCUCUCUUUUUCUAUCUUAACUUCUUCUUUUCUCCCACUCUUUCUCCUUCCCUUUCUCGACUUUGUUCUUUAUCACUCUCACUCCCUCUCUCUAUUUCUACUCCUUUCUCUACCACUCUCUUUUUUCACUCUAUCUCUACUUCUCUCUAACACUCUCUUUUUUUUCACUCUCUAUCUCUACUUCUCUCUCCACCACUCUUCCUCACUCUUUAUCUCUACUUCUCUCUCUCUAUCUCUACUUCUCUCUCUACCAUUCUCCUUCCCUCUUUAUAUCUCUACAUCUCUCUCUCUACCACUCUGUCUCCCUCUCCUUAACUCUACAUCUCUCUUAACCACUCUCCUUCCCUCUCUAUCUCUACUUCUCUCUCUACCACUCUCCCUCAAUUUCUAUGUCUCUACUACUAUCUCUCACUACCUCUUCUAUCUAGUCUCUCUACCACUCUCCUUUCCUCUUUAUAUCUUUACUUCUCUCUCUACCACACUUUAUCCUUCUCUCUAUCUCUGCUUCUCUCUACCACUCUCCCUACCUUUCUAUGUCACUACUUCUCUCUCUAAAAUUCUCUCUCCUUCCCUUGAUCUAUCUAUAAUUCCCUCUACCGCUUUCCCUACCUCUCUAUGUCACUACUUCUCUCUCUAUCUCUCUCUUUCCUUUCCUCUCUCUAAUACUAUUUCUCUCUCUUCAAAUCACCCUUCAUCCCUCUCUCUGUUUUCUUACUUAUUUAGAUGUCAAUUCAUUGUUUCAUCAAUGUUCAUAUCAUGUAGAUAG